AUGAGUGCUCUGGUAGGAAGCACAAUUUAUAGAGAAGCUAACAGAUUCUGAGAAAGAGCGAGGUAAACACAGACGGCAAACCACUCUCCUCGAGCAGCUUGUUUUUUAAAUAUGUCGAGACAUUUUAGUUUCACUUCAGUGAUCUCAAAAACAGGAACCUUGUGUUUGCCCCUAUUCCAGUUGGUGCUCUCGGACAUUCCAUGUGAAGAAAAUGAAAUGUAUGUAAACUAUCAAGAUCAAUACCCAAAUGGCUGGUAUAUCUGGCUCUCGCUGCUGAUUUUCCUGGUGGCUCUUCUCUGUGGAGCAGUGUUUUUCUGCCUCCAGUGCUGGCUGAGGAGACCCCAGAUGGGUUCCCCAAGACGCACCAUGACUGUUUUUGCUGUUGGAGACUUGGACCCUGUCUAUGGGACAGAAGCAGCUGUGAAUCCACCUAUUGGAAUUCACCUUCAAACUCAGAACCCUGAACUGUAUCCUGUUUCAUGUUUUGGCACUUUAGGCCCCCCACCUCCAUAUGAAGAAAUUCUGAAAUCAAGCCGAUUUUAGAUCUGGAUCAUCAAUUGAAAAUGAAACAGCACAUAAAACAUUGACCAGCUUAAAUUAGUUUUGCUUCUUGAAAACAGGUUAUUUUAAUCAAACUUUGCUCAAGGACAGAGAUAGCACUGUGCAUGUGCCAGGUGGGAACCCAUAGCCCCUGGAUGACCCUGGA